AUGUCGGAUCCGGACUUCAUUCUCGGUCUUGCAGGUUUCCAGGUCUCGCGGCUGCUACAGGACGGCCCUGAGGUGAGUGCGCUGCAAGCCUUGUCCUUCCCCCACAGCCACGACUUCUCGGAGGGUCCGCCACCCGAGGAUUUGAUUCGCGAGGUGCGCCGGCUCCGCUGCCCGCUGGGCGUUUGCUUCGUCUCCUUCCUUCUUUGCGUUCUUAGCCAGGCAUGCUGCGCCGUGGAUGGUUGGAACCUGUACGGCGCAGGCCCAGAUGUUCCGACACACUGCCGGCCGCUGAAGUACUGGCUAAGUGCCUACCUCGCCUCCACGUUGCUGCCUCUGACCACCUCCAUGGCCUUGGCACUGCCACUGGGUGUUCUCGCGAUGGCCACAGGCACCUUAGUUCGUGCGCUGACACCCGCCAACUGCAGAAACGAGGCCCCGUCCCUCUGGCAGUUUGUGGACGAAGUUGGCGCAAAAGGCCUGGUGUGUCUGGCGGGAUUGCUGAUCAUUGCGGGCCUCUGUGCUGCCACGAUCUUUCCCGCGAUCCGUGCCAUUGAUGCGCGCUGGGGCGCCUCUGGAUCUGCGGUGACAGAGGUGAUCGAGGCCAUCAGAGAGGACCAGCCCCCCGAGGUCUCCCCAGAAACCGAAUGUGCGAUUUGUCUUGGCAGUGACGGCGCGCUGCUGGGGGCAUGGCGAGAGCUCCCUUGUUCCCACCGUUUCCACGAGGAGUGCCUGCUGGAGUGGGUGGGCCGAAAGCUUCGUUGUCCACUGUGUCGCUUGGCGCCUUGCUCGCAACUCAUUGCAGAAAGCAGCAUGCAUCUUCUUGCUGAGCGCACGAAGCCAGUGUCGUCGUGCUGGUGCUUUCCGGUUCCUCGUGUCAUGUCCUGCACACGAAGUCGUGGCACCUUUGACUGGCUCAUUAGGUCCCAGAAUCAGGCCCUCGCAUAG